AAGAUGGCGCCGCCCGUGAGAUACUGCAUUCCUGGCGAGCGUCUGUGCAACUUGGAGGAAGGCAGUCCGGGCAGCGGCACCUACACCCGCCACGGCUACAUCUUCUCUUCGCUGGCCGGGUGCCUGAACAGGAGCAGCGAGAACGGCGCGCUUCCUGUCAUCUCUGUGCUGAGAGAAACAGAAUCCCAGUUACUGCCAGAUGUGGGGACUACAGUAACAUGUAAGGUCUCUAGCAUUAACACACGCUUUGCCAAAGUGCACAUCCUAUAUGUGGGGUCCACACCACUCAAGAAUUCAUUUCGAGGAACCAUUCGCAAGGAAGAUGUCCGAGCUACUGAAAAAGAUAAGGUUGAAAUUUAUAAGAGUUUUCACCCAGGUGACAUUGUCUUGGCCAAAGUGAUCUCCCUGGGUGAUGCACAGUCUAAUUAUCUCCUAACCACUGCUGAAAAUGAACUCGGGGUAGUGGUGGCCCACAGUGAAGCAGGUGUCCAGAUGGUUCCCAUCAGCUGGUGUGAGAUGCAGUGUCCUAAGACACAUACUAAGGAAUUCCGGAAAGUGGCCCGAGUGCAGCCAGAGUUCUUGCAGACCUAAGAAACUACAUUGUGCCCAUGGAAGGGGUUAAGCUGUCUCCAAGACCACAGCCAUGAAAAUAACAUCUUGAUGCCAUCAUCCUCAUUCAGACUCUUGGGUUCAGCCAGAGCCACCUCUAGAAAAAUCUGCCAGAAACUUACCUGAGGUGGACAUUUUUCUUGUGAACCUUUCAAUGAUUUCCAUUCUCUUAUUGGAUAAAUUUCUUUCAGAAGUACCAGCAAGCAAAUUGUUUCAUGUUGGGAAGAUCCUGUUCUUUCUGAUAGCCUUGUAAAUGAUGUAUUUUUUUUAUAUGACAAAGAAAACUUUUAUAUUAAAAGGAUAUUAGGUUUCUGCUAUCUUGAGCAGGGACCAAAACCUA